AUUUCGCAUGUGUUUACAAUAUAAACACCACAUAAAUGAUCAUUUUGUAAUUUUAUUAUUAAUCCUAGGUAUAAGCAUCUAGGUAAUUCGUAAUAAUUGCAAUAUAUACUCUGGUCUGCAUCAUUCUUCAGUAUAUUUUAUCAAUAAGUCACAAGAGGGCAGACAUUUUUAAGAGUGUAAUCAUGGCAAAAAAAUAUCCUACAGACUGGGACAUAGACCAAUACAGAGAUGAUACAGAACCGGAAGAUCAUUGGGCUUUAAAAAGGGAGUUCAUGAAAGUACAUAAAGGAAAAUUUGAAGAGGAAUAUCUUGUGGCUCUUGCAAAAACUUUCGCGAAUAUUGAAUUUUUAGGAUGCAUAUAUCCUGCCAAACUAAUGAUAAGGAUUGCAGAACUCUCUAAGGAAGUGGCAAAAGACUAUAGGGAAGUCAAAAAGACCAAAUUACAAAGGACCUUUGUAACUGCUUCAGAUGCUGCAGAAAGUAAAGCUAAGAGGCUAAAAACAAACUGAGGCACCUUAUAAACAUUUUAUUAUAUAAAAACAAAACUGUAAAUAAAUUAUACAUAUUUAUAAAACACAGCCACAUAUAAUAAAAACUUUGCGCCCCUA